AUGGAGGAUACAGACCUUCUGAGGACAUGGGCUCAAGAGCAGCCCAAAGAGUUCCAGCAACAGCAACAACAGCCGCCUGUAAUGCCCAUGCCCAUGAUACAAGCAUCGUCUUCCAAUAAUGCCUGGUCGUUCACGCAGGGUCUAAUAUGUGGCCAGGUGAGUGUUGUUUUCGUGAUAUUGAUAUUUAUUAAAUUCUUUGUUUUCGCUGAAGGCUCGCCUCCUUCGGCGCUGAGCAAAUCUACAAAAAGAGAUGUGGCGGCAGUGAUUGUGAAAAGAGAUAAACCAAAGGAGGAAGUCGGCGAUGAGAGCAGCAACAAUGCAGCGAAAGUGGCUGCGAUUUUGGAGAAAACGUACUACGAUGUGGAAAACCAUGCGCCAGAGUCGUUGGACUGGUUCAAUGUACUUGUGGCUCAGACGAUUUCUCAGCUUCGUGCUGAAGCUCUUCUCUCUGACAAUAUAUACCACCUGUUGAAUGCAUUCCUUGAAAAGCUGGAAACGCCAGAUUAUUUGGACAAAAUCAGGCUCGUCGAGAUCGAUAUCGGGGACGACUUCCCCAUCUUCUCCAAUUGCCGUAUAAAGCAUAGUGGAGACGACUUUGGGCGCUUAGAGGCACGUAUAGACGUGGACCUCUCUGACACGCUCACAUUGGGCAUUGAGACACGUCUUUUGCUCAACCAUCCACGUCCGCUUACUGCUGCGUUGCCAGUGCUGAUUUCUGUGUCGAUUGUGCGUUUCUCUGGUUGUCUUACUGUAUCGUUGGUGAACACCAACGAGACUGGCUUUGUUGGUGGCAGCAAGGACUCAGAUUCGGGCGGCACUGCGCUCAUGUUCUCAUUUUCUCCCGAUUACAGACUAGAAUUCUCCGUAAAGUCGCUUAUUGGGUCCAGGGCAAAGCUUCAAGAUGUGCCCAAGAUCCUGGAGCUUAUAGAGAGCAAAUUGCGUUCCUGGUUCAAAGACCGCUGUGUGGAGCCCCGGUUUCAGGUGAUUCGGUUGCCGUCAAUGUGGCCCAGACGCAAGAACACCAGGGAGCCUGUGCAAGCCAGGGAGGACUAG